AUCACAAUGAUGAAUCGAUUAAUCGAAGUAAUCGAUUAAUUUGGGACAUCUCUACAUCAGAGCAACAACAAAACAAAAACAAGACUACAAAUUUGUCUGAAAAUGUGCGAAAUGUGUCGAUAAUAAAUAAAUAUUUCCAGCUAUUUUAUCGAGAGUUAAAAUAAAAUAUAAUGUAUAAGUUAAGAGUUCUACUAAACAACAAACACCACAUCAAUCGUCUGUUUUGUUCCGGAACGGGGUUCAACAACUUUUAUGAGGCAACAAAAUUAUUCUGUCCUCUUCUGGAUAUGAAUGAAUCUACUAUGUACAAAAUAUUUAGUGAAAACAGCUUUCUCAAAGAUUUAGAACCAGAUGACGUGCGUCGUAAGAUUGCAUAUUUCAAGUAUUUGAAUGCAACUACGGAAGACAUCCUCAAACACCCAUUGCUGUUCACAGUGCACUUGACGAUCGAGAAUAGAUCCACAAUCCUGCGGGAGUGUGGAUUUGUGGAAACAUUAAAGCUCGAUGCCAUCGUAAAAUAUGUAUCAAUUGUAAGGCAAAUGAAGGUUCUUAAAGAUUAUAAACUCAUUCCGUUUGAUCUGAGCAUUAUGGAUCAACUUGGCAAGCAGUUUGACAUCGAACUUAAACCCGAAAUUGAUUACAGUGACGACAUGUGUUUGCAAUUCAUCCGUAACCAAUUCAUCAACGCAUUUCUUCGACAACGAUUACAAUUCACAGAUGAGGAAUUGGACAAAUUAUGGAAGACAUAUUCUAGGAUUAAGCAUAAAAGCUUUGGAAACACUCAGCGAGUGAUAGAUAUUUUGGAGCGUGACUACAAAUUUAGUCGAAAUAAAAUCAUACGGAACCUCUACCUCCUACACGCUGAUCCGGAAAACUUGCUGCGCUAUCCGGAUGUUGUGCCACAGAUAGCCCAAAUGGACAUAAGACAUUUGAUGCUGAAACAACCGAAGAUCAUGAUGGUGUCGUGCGAUUCAGUGAGGCAAAUACUGGAUCAUUUCCGCGCGUUUGGAAUCGACGAAGCAGGAAUUCUUAAAUAUUCCACUAUUCUGACGCUAUCGUCCAGUACGAUUAAAGGUCGAUUGGAGCAGUUGAAGAAAACGAAAGAAUUCGACGUGCUCUCGAAACAUCCCAGAAUUACGAAAUUAAUUGCGUACCAAACAAAAGCCACACUACGGUUGGACUUCUUACAGCAGUUGAAAGUUCGAUGUUUCUCCUUAAAUAUUCUGUCUAGUCACACGCAGAAUUUUGAAAAAUACGUCCGGGAUGGUUAUGACAAAACGCAUUGGAGAGACGUCAAACAUUAUAUCAACGUGGCAUUUGGAUGGCAAGACAAUAAAGUUCUCGAGCAAUUGAAGCGACAUCCUUAUUGGUUCCAUGUACCAGUUGUACAGAUGCAAGAAACCCUAGAGUACCUCAAAAGUAAAGGAUUUUCGCCGAGCACUAUUUACGAAAACAUUCAAAUAAUGCUGUAUCCUUUACCACGCAUUAGCAGUAAACUGGAAAACCUUAUGAAGUGCAAAGAAAUGAGAAAAAAGCAUGAUGAAUUUGGCAUUGAACUGACUGACGUGACACCGUCGCAAAUGCUUUCGUUAUGCCUCUACAUGAUUGAGUUCGACUUCCAUUUCACAGGAGAUGGGAUCUGGCCGGAACAGGCAUAUAGCGACUCUGCUACUACCACAAAUAUUGAGUUGCCGAAAUCGCUUAGCAAAGGAUACAGAUUUGGAACGACAGCAUCAGAGAAGAAUCGCCAAAGGGAGCAACUGGCCUCGGAUUGUUGAAAUGUUAACUUCGUGAAAAAACAAACAAUAAGAACAACAACACUAUGAUUCUCUGGAAAGACAUAUCCUACCUAGAUCUAUUGUGCGAUGUCUACAAUGGGCCUAGCCUUCUAUGCUAAGUUAUUAAAUUUCAUUGGGUAAGUGAAAUGAACGUAAAUAUCCUGCCCCAG